ACAGAAAUUGGAACUGCCAACGCAUUUUUGUACGCCAAUAAAGCAUGUAUAUCACUCCAGUCAGUAGUGGAGAUUCUUGCCAAUCUGAAUCCGCUAUAAACUCCAAAGCAGCCGGAGCCGUACCUAAAGGUCAUGAUGAAAGCCUUUCGCCUGGACAAAUUCGGGUUUCUCGAAGGACGGAAAUCGAUGACACGUACUCGUCCAAAACCGAUACUCUUCAUGCUGCGGAAGAGUCUCUGCGAAGACUACGAGCUUUAGAAGAUGCCGUGAACAAGGCUAGCAAAAUCGUGCCUCUUCGUGUUUUUCCCACACGCACUGCGCGUGCUGGGAAAAGAUCGGAAGCAUUUUGCAUUCCUCAGAGCCCGCUUGGCCGACUACACAAAGUUCAAAGACUGCUGAACAAUAGUAUGCAGGAGUAUACUCUCGCAGUCUUUGCAGAACAAGCAAAGUUUCACAAAGCAGCCGCAAAACUGUUUCAAGCGCGAUUUUUACUGAUCUCGGAGAACCCCAAUCCAGAAGCCAUCACAAUGGACAGUAAUUGGGAAGACAAUAUACUGUGCCACUACUGGUUGAAAAUUCUUUUCCAAAAUGACCAGCUCAGAAAUAUGAUCCAGAAGCACGACAUUACCCCUUUGUCAUACCUGAAUGACAUUCGCUGUGUCCAUGAAAACACUGGAUUCGUAUUAGAAUUUUAUUUUUCUCCGAAUCCCUGCUUCGUAAACUCCGUCCUAAGAAAGUCUUAUUGUUUGGGAAACGAUUUGCCGAGCGAACGUCCAGAGCUCAGCCUGUCUGCAUUUGUACUGAGCUGUUCGGGAAGCGAAAUUUGCUGGACGUCAGAAUUCUUGAAGAAGCAGGCAGAUCGACGAGUGGCUUCGUUUUUCCGCUUCUUUACACCGUGUGUCACAAGCAGGCAGCAAAUACGCUCGUGUAAAGAUUCAGACCAAAGCGCACUGACUGCAAUUCUGCUGGCGGAUUUUGAAAUCGGGCAGUUACUCCGCAUGGACGUUAUUCCCAAUGCGAUCCAUAUCUUCGAUGAGUGGCGUUGUCAAGCAGAAUUUGCACGGAAUCAUGACUACUGCGACAGGGUAACGCUUCUAAUCAACAGAUCAAAAACAGCGGUUGACAAAUUGAAAAGACCCAAAUCCAAGCUAAGAGCUAAAGGUUCAAAGAAAUCGGUAAACGACGAAGUCAACCUGCAUGUACGUCUCGCACUGAAGAAAGCCGGUUAUAAAGUGCGGCAUGGGCGUGCCUACCCUGCAGGCGACGGUACGACGAGUGGGGACAGUACAACCGAUUCGCACAGCGCAGCGGAUGGUGAUGACGACCAUACAGCUGCACGCAAAAGCUUUCGUGGAUUGCUGGAGACUAAUACUGUGCCGCGGCAUCGAAAGCAUCGCGGUAUUCGGCUGAAGGAACUGCGGGCGGUAGCCGAUCAACCGGACAGUGGCGAUGAUGUAGCUGCUCUGUUCGAUCUACAAAGUGAAAGCGAGAGUGGUUCACUGGCGUCACUUUUAGAUGCGGAUAACGAAGUUCACCUUCCUACUAAGAUCACAAAAAAGGCAGCGCCGAAGGCAACCCUAAAAACCAAGAAACCACCCGACAAAUGACGCUCACCGAUCGACACUGUAAAACGCACCUGCGCAAUAAGAACAUUUCGAUAUGCAAACACUAAUGAACUAACGCCCCUGUAGCGACCAUAAGGGACCCAAGGCAUUUUACACUACGCCGUGCUCUAGGUGCUGGGAUAAUGCGAAGCACAUGUCUCUGGCACAGUGAAAAGUAGUUGCACUUCGCCGGCAAAAUUGCUUUUUACUGGCGAUCAGCACGCGUUACCAAAACUUUGGUAGCGGCAACAAAUAAAAUGUGUAAAAAGUAAAACAAAACAUUAACCCGUUUCAGCGUUUGUUAUCAUUUCUUCUUUUUUGUGUUUGGUUUGGCUGGCUUUGGCUUAUUUCCCGACGUUUUGCUCGAUCCUGAUGUCUUGCUUUUGCUUUUUCCCGGCUUAUCUGUUACUGCGGAGGAACCUGAUUUCUUGGAUUUGCCCGUUUUGCCAGUGGACGUGCCAGAUUUCUUUGGCUUAUCCGAGCCAGUGGUUUUUGUGGGCUUCUUAGAUCCUGAUCCAGAUUCUAAUAAAAUUUCAUCGUAAGAUAAUAAAUCGUAAACGAACCAGUAAU